ACCAAGAAUAUAUACGCAUAUCGAUGUAGUUGGGCGAGUAGGGGGCGGGUCUCAUCUUGUUCCAGAUCUCUGAGUUUUGAUCUCUAAAUCAGUAGCGAGAGGUCAGAGGCAGCUAGCAGCGACUGCGUUUGAGCAAGCGGAAAUAGCAUCUGAAUUGAACCCAAAUGGCUGGUGCUGCUGCCGGUGGUUUCAUUAGUCGCGCAUUUGAGUCCAUGCUCAAAGAAUGUUCUGGGAAAAAGUACCCUGCUCUUCACAAGUCCAUUCAGACAUAUCUAGAUAGUACAAAGGAGGUCGAUCAGCAUUCUGCUUUCAGUGAGACGAAUCAAGCAGCAUCUUUGACUGCAUAUGGGAGUUCAUCUGAAACUGAUGCUGGAAUUGCAAAAAAUGAAAUAGAAACCGAUCACUCACGAGCACAUACUGGUGAGGGAGUUGAAAGAGUUGGCAGACCAGUGGGCACAAGUGGAACUAUUACAGCAGCCUUAGCACAUGCUGGGCACACCUUAGAAGGGGCUGAAGUAGAGCUUGUUUUGAAUCCACUUCGACUUGCAAUUGAGACCAAGAACUUGAAAGUCCUAGAACCUGCUUUGGAUUGUCUUCAUAAACUCAUCGCAUAUGAGCAUUUAGAGGGUGAUCCUGGUCUAGAUGGUGGUACAAAUGCACCGAUGUUUACAGACAUUCUGAAUAUGGUUUGCAGUUGUGUUGAUAAUUCGUCAUCUGACAGCACUAUUCUGCAAGUAUUGCAGGUGCUUCUUACUGCUGUCGCAUCCACAAAGUUUAGAGUACAUGGGGAACCUUUGCUGGGAGUAAUUCGAAUAUGCUACAAUAUUGCACUUAACAGCAAAAGUCCUAUAAACCAAGCGACAUCAAAGGCAAUGUUGACCCAGAUGAUUAGCAUCAUAUUCAGAAGGAUGGAAACUGAUCCGGUCUGUACUACCUCUGGUUCUGCUGCAAAUAAGGAAGCCACUUUAGCAGAUAAUUUAAAUUCUGAAGUUGAGACUUCUUCAGGUGACCAAACUGAGAAAGAAAUGACAUUAGGAGAUGCACUUUCUAUGAACCAAGUCAAAGAUACAGCUCUUGCUUCUGUUGAGGAACUCCAGAAUCUGGCAGGUGGUGCUGAUAUCAAGGGUCUAGAGGCUGUUCUUGACAAGGCUGUGCAUCUUGAGGAUGGCAAAAAGAUGACAAGAGGGAUCGACCUUGAGAGCAUGAGCAUUAGACAACGUGAUGCUUUGCUGCUGUUUCGUACCCUUUGCAAGAUGGGUAUGAAGGAAGAUAAUGAUGAAGUCACAACCAAGACACGGAUUUUGUCUCUUGAGCUUCUACAGGGUUUGUUGGAAGGUGUUAGCCAUUCAUUUACGACAAACUUCCAUUUCAUUGACUCAGUAAAAGCAUAUCUUUCUUAUGCUUUAUUACGGGCAUCGGUUUCUCAAUCCCCUGUCAUAUUUCAGUAUGCGACUGGAAUCUUCUCAGUGCUUUUGUUGCGAUUUAGGGAAAGUCUUAAAGGCGAGAUUGGGGUCUUCUUUCCCUUGAUAGUUCUUCGGUCAUUGGAUGGUUCAGACUUUCCUGUUAAUCAGAGAAUAAGUGUUCUUCGGAUGCUUGAGAAAGUUUGUAAAGAUCCCCAGAUGCUUGUUGACAUAUAUGUGAACUAUGAUUGUGAUCUUGAGGCCCCAAACUUGUUUGAGCGCAUGGUUACCACUCUAUCUAAAAUAGCUCAAGGGACUCAAAAUGCAGAUCCAAACUCGGUUGCUGUAUCACAGACAACAACAAUUAAAGGUUCAUCCUUGCAGUGCCUUGUCAAUGUGCUUAAAUCACUGGUUGAUUGGGAGAGGUCACAUCGAGAUAAGCAUAGAAAAAGCACUCAGUCUCCUGAAGAAGAGCUUUCAGCUAGAGAAUCAGUUGAGAUAAAAAGCAGGGAAGAUAUGCCCAAUAACUUUGAGAGGGCAAAGGCUCAUAAAUCCACUAUGGAGGCUGCCAUCUCUGAGUUCAACAGGCAGCCUGGAAAGGGUAUAGAGUAUCUGAUAUCAAAUAGGUUGGUGGAAAAUACACCUGCUUCAGUUGCCCAAUUUUUGAGGAAUACUCCCAGUUUGGACAAGGCUAUGAUUGGUGAUUACUUGGGUCAGCAUGAGGAGUUUCCCCUUGCUGUUAUGCAUGCUUAUGUGGAUUCCAUGAAGUUUUCUGGAAUGAAGUUUGAUACUGCAAUCCGUGAAUUCCUUAGGGGAUUCCGACUCCCUGGGGAAGCUCAAAAGAUAGAUCGCAUCAUGGAAAAGUUUGCAGAGCGUUAUUGUGCAGACAAUCCAGAUCUUUUCAAAAAUGCAGAUACUGCUUAUGUUCUUGCAUAUGCAGUUAUAAUGUUGAAUACUGAUGCACAUAAUCCCAUGGUAUGGCCUAAAAUGUCCAAGUCUGACUUUAUACGUGUGAAUGCCAUGAAUGAUGCUGAAGAGUGUGCUCCUAAGGAACUCCUGGAAGAGAUCUAUGAUUCUAUAGUCAAGGAAGAGAUAAAAAUGAAGGAUGAUGCAGCUGGUAUUGGCAAGGGCAUCAAACAAAAGCCAGAAGGGGAAGAGAGAGGUCGCCUUGUUAGUAUUCUUAAUCUUGCUCUCCCGAAAAGGAAGUCAUCAGUUGACACUAAGUCAGAAAGUGAAGCUAUCAUUAAGCAAACUCAGGCUAUAUUCCGGAAUCAAGGAGCUAAAAGAGGAGUUUUCUAUUCUUCACAGCAGAUUGAACUUGUAAGGCCCAUGGUUGAAGCUGUAGGAUGGCCUCUGCUUGCUACUUUCUCUGUUACCAUGGAGGAAGGUGACAAUAAGCCAAGGGUUCUUCUCUGUAUGGAAGGAUUUAGAGCUGGCAUUCACAUUACACAUGUUAUUGGAAUGGAUACCAUGCGCUAUGCUUUUCUGACAUCACUAGUCAGAUUUACUUUCUUGCAUGCCCCAAAGGAAAUGCGCAGUAAAAAUGUGGAAGCAUUACGAACUCUGCUGGCUCUAUGUGACUCAGAGACCAACUCUCUUCAAGACACAUGGAAUGCAGUUUUGGAAUGUGUUUCUCGCCUUGAAUUCAUCACUUCAACUCCAGCUAUAGCUGCAACUGUUAUGCAAGCAUCAAAUCAGAUCUCCAGGGAUGCCAUUCUUCAAUCUCUAAGAGAGUUGGCUGGGAAACCAGCUGAACAAGUAUUCGUGAAUAGUGUUAAAUUGCCCAGUGACUCAGUUGUUGAGUUUUUUACUGCCCUCUGUGGUGUAUCAGCUGAAGAACUGAAACAAACUCCAGCUCGUGUUUUCAGCUUGCAAAAGCUUGUUGAGAUCAGCUACUACAAUAUGGCUCGUAUACGCUUGGUCUGGGCUAGAAUAUGGUCUGUCCUAGCUAAUCAUUUUAUAUCUGCUGGGAGCCAUCAUGACGAGAAAAUUGCUAUGUAUGCUAUAGAUUCUCUAAGGCAACUUGGUAUGAAGUAUUUGGAGCGUGCUGAGCUUGCCAAUUUCACUUUCCAGAAUGACAUUCUAAAGCCAUUUGUCAUUCUAAUGCGGAAUAGUCAAAGUGAAACCAUAAGGAGCCUCAUUGUGGACUGCAUUGUUCAAAUGAUAAAAUCAAAGGUUGGAAGCAUAAAAUCUGGAUGGCGUAGUGUGUUUAUGAUUUUUACAGCUGCUGCAGAUGAUGAAUUGGAAUCUAUUGUUGAAAGUGCAUUUGAAAAUGUUGAACAGGUUAUCUUGGAGCACUUUGAUCAGGUAGUUGGAGACUGCUUUAUGGACUGUGUCAACUGUCUCAUUGGCUUUUCCAAUAAUAAAAGUUCCCAUCGCAUCAGUUUGAAGGCCAUUGCACUCUUGCGUAUAUGUGAGGAUCGUCUUGCUGAGGGCCUCAUACCAGGUGGUGCUUUGAAGCCAAUAGACAUUAACAUGGACACAACUUUUGAUGUAACUGAACAUUAUUGGUUCCCAAUGCUGGCUGGUUUAUCUGACCUGACAUCAGAUCCAAGACCAGAGGUCAGAAGCUGUGCAUUAGAGGUUUUGUUUGAUUUGCUGAAUGAGAGAGGCCACAAGUUCUCAUCAUCAUUUUGGGAGAGCAUUUUCCAUCGUGUCCUGUUUCCCAUCUUUGAUCAUGUGAGAGAUGCUAGUAAAGAGAGCUUAGUUUCUUCUGGUGAUGAGUGGCUUCGUGAAACAAGCAUUCACUCGCUUCAGCUGCUUUGCAACCUUUUUAACACUUUUUACAAGGAAGUAUGUUUUAUGCUGCCACCACUACUUAGUCUGUUGUUGGACUGUGCUAAAAAAACAGAUCAGUCAGUGGUUUCAAUCUCUCUGGGUGCAUUAGUGCAUCUCAUAGAAGUUGGAGGACACCAAUUCAGUGAGAGUGAUUGGGAUACAUUGUUGAAAAGCAUAAGAGAUGCCUCAUACACAACACAACCUCUUGAGCUACUCAAUGCUUUGGGUUUUGAAAACCCAAAAAACCACGCAGUGUUAGCCAGAGAUUCAGAAAUCAAUAAAGGUGUCAGUCCUUCCCCAAAGUCUGUUGACAAUAUCCAAGUGGAUGACCAUCAGUUCGAUGUUCGUGAUAAUGGAAAAACAUCUCCACUGGCAUCCCCAAGUAUUGUUUCUGAUGGCACAAUAAAGAAUCUUAAUGCAUCAGUUGUCGAGGAUCACAAUCAAGAAAUGGGUUUUCAAACUAACUUGGAUGGAUCUGAAGGCCUACCAUCUCCAUCAGGAAGAGCUCAGAAAGCUGCUGAAGUUGGUCUUCACCGGAGUCAAACAAUAGGUCAAAGAAUUAUGGGAAAUAUGAUGGACAACCUCUUUCUCAGAAGUCUUACUUCCAAGUCUAAGAGUCGUGUUUCAGAUGCUUCAGCACCACCUUCUCCACCCAAGUUUCCUGAUGCUGUGGAGCCUGAUACUAAGGACAAGGAAGAAAAUCUACUGUUGGGAACCAUUAGGGGCAAAUGUGUCACUCAAUUAUUACUUCUGGGUGCCAUUGAUAGCAUCCAGAAGAAAUACUGGAGCAAGUUGAACGGAUCACAAAAGGUUACCAUAAUGGAAAUCUUAUUAGCUGUGUUGGAGUUUGCUGCUUCAUAUAAUUCAUAUACUAACCUAAGAAUGCGCAUGCACCAUAUUCCUGCUGAGAGGCCACCUUUGAAUCUUCUUCGUCAGGAGUUAGCAGGAACCUGCAUAUAUCUAGACAUAUUACAGAAGACAACUUCAGGAUUGAAUUACAAAAAAGAGGAAGAUCUGGAAUCUAAUGGUUCUCAGGGUGAUUCAAGCUUCACUGAAAGUUUUAAUGCAGAUGAGAAACUUGUAGGAAUAGCCGAAGAGAAACUGGUGUCUUUCUGUGGACAGAUUCUGAGGGAGGCAUCUGACCUCCAGUCUACUGUGGGGGAAACAACUAAUAUGGAUAUUCAUAGAGUUCUGGAGUUACGUUCUCCGAUCAUUGUUAAGGUGCUGAAAAGCAUGUCCUUUAUGAACAAUCAGAUUUUCAGAAGACACUUGAGAGAGUUCUAUCCCUUGGUUACUAAACUUGUAUGCUGUGACCAGAUGGAUGUUCGAGGAGCUCUAGGAGAUCUCUUCAGCACACAAUUGAAUGCUCUCCUACCAUAGUAAUGGUUCAGCGAAGCUAUCAAAUUUGAUCUAUAAGGGAUGAUUUUCAGGACCACUGCACACCUGGAAGCUCAACAUGUCAUUUUACAGCUGAUUCUUCAGCAGAUUGUCCAGACCUUUAGAUUAUAAGUGUAUCAAUUGCACUUUUUGUUUCAUCACUUGUCCUUUUUAUGCUUUGACCAGAAUCGCAUGUUUUUCUUUCUUUUCUAGGUGGUGUUGAUGGUUGGGGUGGGAAAAGUGAAAAUUAGCAUCAUUAAUAUACAUUUUAGUUGCCUGUAGUAUAUGGGAAUAGAGACCUUCCAUAUCCUUGCACGGCCAUGUAUACCAUGUAGAAACCAAUUUUUCUUACUUCAAUAUAUAUACAAAGAGAAGUAGCAUUUUUUGAAAA